GCACCGCGGGCACGGCAUGGGGAGCCUGCUGCAGCAGCUGGCCCUGCUCGGGGCACUGAUGCUGUCGGGGCCCAGUAACCCCUGAGCCCCCUGGUUUGCCUGACCCCACACCCCCAGGUGGGCUCUGUGUGAACCACGAGGAGCGGCUCAUCCACCACCUGUUUGAGGAGAAGGGCUAUGACAAAGAGCUGCGCCCUGUGGUCUCCACUGACGAGGUUGUGGACGUCUACCUGGCCCUCACCCUCUCCAACCUAAUCUCACUGAAAGAGGUGGACGAGACGCUCACCACCAACGUAUGGCUCGAGCACGGCUGGACCGAUUACCGCCUGCAGUGGAACAAGUCUGAGUUUGGGGGCGUUGAGGUGCUCCGCCUGCCGCCAGACAUGCUGUGGCUGCCGGAGAUAGUCCUGGAGAACAACCGUGCCAUAACCUUGUGUCCCUGCUGGCACAGCAAUGAUGGGCUCUUCGAGGUCGCCUACUACUGCAACGUCCUCAUCUACGACACGGGCUACGUCUACUGGCUGCCCCCCGCCAUCUUCCGCAGCACCUGCCUCAUCAACGUGGACUUCUUCCCCUUCGACUGGCAGAACUGCUCCCUCAGAUUCAGGUCCCUGGCAUACAGUGCCCUGGAGAUCAACAUACACUUGAAGACAGACAGUGACCCAGACACAGGGAGGUCUUACCCAGUGGAGUGGAUCAUCAUCGACCCCGAAGGCUUCACAGAGAAUGGAGAAUGGGAAAUCAUCCACCGCCCAGCCCGCAAGAACAUCUACCCUGACAUCCCCCCGGACACCAGUGAGCACCAGGACAUCACUUUCUACCUCAUCAUCAAACGCAAGCCGCUCUUCUACGUCAUCAACAUCGUCAUACCCUGCAUCCUCAUCGCCUUCAUGGUCAUCCUCGUCUUCUACCUGCCCGCCGACAGUGGUGAGAAGAUGACCCUGGUAAUCUCAGUGCUCCUGGCCCAGUCUGUCUUCCUCCUGCUGAUCUCCCAGCGCCUGCCUGCCACUUCCCACGCCAUCCCCCUCAUCGGCAAGUACCUGCUUUUUAUCAUGCUUCUGGUGACAGCUGUGGUAAUCAUCUCCGUCGUGGUCCUCAACUUCCACUUCCGCACCCCCAGCACGCACAUCAUGUCUGACUGGGUCAGAGAGGUCUUCCUGGAGAGCCUGCCCCGGCUGCUGGGCAUGGCACAGCCGAGCGAGAGCCCGCCGGGCGCCCCCUGCAUCCGGCGCUGCAGCUCGGCCGGCUACAUCGCCAAGGCAGAGGAAUACUUCAGCGUCAAGUCCCGCAGCGAGCUCAUGUUCGAGAAGCAGUCGGAGCGGCACGGGCUCACCAGCCGCAUCACCCCGGCCCGCUUGGUGUCCCUGGGCAUGGACUCAGGCGAGGAGCAGCCCUAUGAGCACCUCAAACCCGUCAUCGACAAUGCCAACUACAUAGUCAAGCACAUGAGGGAUGAAAACAGCUACAAUGAGGAGAUCGACAACUGGAACUGCGUGGCCCGGACCCUGGACCGCCUGUGCUUCUUCCUCAUCACCCCCACGCUGGUGGUGGGCACCCUCUGGAUCUUCCUCAUGGGCAUCUACAACCACCCACCACCACUGCCCUUUGCCGGAGACCCCUACGACUACCGGGAGGAGAACAAGCGCUUCAUCUAGGGGGCCGUGGGGAUCCCAUGUGCCAGCCUCUCCCCCACCUGUCUUGGUUUGGGAAAAUAAAACUUCUUGAACUGG